GGACAGAAGCUCUUCCUCAUUCAAAAUGACUCACAGACAUUUGGGCCACUCACGGUUUUAAACACAGUUUACUCAGCCACGACCUUCAACAAAUUGUAUUAAAAUUGUUGGGGAGCGAUUAACUUUAGAGAGAAGUCCAGUAAAAGAAGUUCCCACUGAGGAAAGCAAGCAAGCUGCAUUCAGUUUAAGGAAGUAACAACUGAAAUGACACCUUUGAUGUUUAAAGAUGCUUUCUGGGGGUCUGAUUUCACUUGUCAUGCCGGGUAUGAUGCUGUGAUCCAAAGGUUGCGAGAUGGAAGGCAAAUGUGCAAAGAUGUGGAGGAGCUUUUAAAGAUGAGGGCACUAGCAGAGGAGAAGUAUGGAAAGGAGCUGGUGACUAUUGCUCGCAAAGCUGGAGGACACCCAGAGAUCAGCACCUUGAGGGCAUCAUUUGAACUAUUAAAAACACAAAUCGAGAACAUCGGUAACUUUCACAUCCAACUCUCUGAUAUAUUGAAAGAGGAGGUGAAAAAGAUUGAGACAUUCAGAGAGCGGCAGAAAGAGCAGAGGAAGAAGUUUCAAAGCAUCAUGGAGAAGGUUCAGAAGAAAAAGGUUUCUUUGUACAAGAGGACCCUGGAGUCUAAAAAGACCUACGAACUGAGAUGCAGGGAGGCGGACGAUGCCGAACAGGGGAGUGAGAAGACAAAUGUUACAUCCAAAAACUCAGAAAAGGUCUCUUCCUGUGUAACAUUUGUUCCACAGGUACGUCACAGGGCCAAGCACUGCAGACAGGCUGCCAAUGAAGCAGAGAAGCUGUACUUAACCAACAUUGAUCAGCUAGAAAGUGUUCGCCAGGACUGGGAAAAAACGCACAAAAGCACCUGUGAGGUGUUCCAGCAGCUGGAGGGAGAUCGCAUUAGCAUGCUAAGGUGUGCUCUCUGGGACCACUGCAAUCAUUUCUCCAUGCAGUGUGUCAAAGAUGAUGAGUCUAAUGAGGAGGUGAGGAAACUACUGGAAAAGUGUGACAUCACCACAGACAACAACUACUUCAUAGGGAUGAAAAGCACAGGAUCGAGGCCUCCAGAGCCCAUAUUGUUUGAGAGCUACUACCAGAGGGAGACGUUCGGGGACAGCAAUGGCCAAGCACAUUUCGCAGGAGGAGAAGACAUGAUGAUGAGGUGCUCUGAUCCCCUGCUCCAAAGUUCUGUGAACAUCAGUGCCGAAAGUCUUGAAAACUCACAACCAGCACUGACACCUUUUGGCGAGUUUGAGACUCCAGGCAGAGGAUAUGCACCCAUACCAGGCCUCCAGCAUGCAGCAUCAUUGGCCACAGUUUCAGCUGAUGAAGACAUCUACAUUGCACUUUAUGAAUACGCUGCACAGGAAGCGGAUGAAUUGUCUGUGAGUCGAGGGGACGUGGUCCAAGUGUUGGAACGAGGAGAAGACGGCUGGUGGACAGCGGAGAGGAACGGGCUGACUGGACUGGUGCCAGGAAACUAUCUGGGCAAAAUCUAAACACUCACACAAAGAAGAAUAGAAAGACUGAAGAAGAAUAAACUAUCUGGUGUUGAAAAUGUGGAUGGACGGUUUUAAAAUGAGAAUUGCUCAGUCCGUUUUCAACAUGAGUUUGAUGUACAAACAAAAACAAGUUUUAGUUGCUAAUAGUAGAACUAGUAUUGUGCUAGUGUAAGCCAGGCUUUACAUGACAACAAUAACAUUGCUUUUUUUUAAUCAACAAGCUGUGAUUAUCAGACUCCAGACAAAGAGAUAACUGAUAAAAAAAUAAUUGUAUCUCCAAUUGAUAAAGAAAAUGAGGCUGUAUUGUGACUUUGGCACCCUACCCUCGAUGUGAUAAAUCAUGAGUUACCAUUAAAUUAAGUGCAUAUGUAGUGGUGUUUUUAGCUGAAAAGAAAUGGUGGGCUAGCCUACUUUGGACAGGUGCAAAACCUGAAAAUUACACAAUUAUUAUAAUGUAGUCUGGCAUUGCCAGAUCUCUCUCCAAAGCGCUGCGG